GUGCAACAUCAAAUCCAGCCCCCAAAAGCACAGUCUGAGCAGAAAAGAAACACACAUUGCCAUAAAGCCGGCCAUCCAAUUGGAUGGACCCAUUGCCCAAACACCUUCUUCGUUAUCUCUCUCUCUCUCCCCACAUGUAUCCAUCCUUGACUUGGACCUCAUUUGUUUUCUGAUCUUUCGCCUUUCCAGUUUCUCUGUAUCUUAUAGAAGAACAGUAGUUGCAUGCAUUUAAUCUAGGCCCGGCUGGGGAAAUGAUGGCCGAUCAAGGUGGUGGAGGUGGGGGAUCGGUGAUGAUAAGAGAUUACAGGAAAGGGAACUGGACGGUGACCGAGACCAUGGUGCUGAUUGAAGCCAAAAGAAUGGACGAGGAGAGAAGGACCAAGAGAAGCGGCGGCGGCAGCAAGCCGGCGGAGCUGCGGUGGAAGUGGGUGGAGGAUUACUGCUGGAGGAAAGGUUGCUUCCGCAGCCAAAACCAGUGCAACGACAAGUGGGACAACCUCAUGCGCGACUACAAGAAAGUCCGCGACUACCACCGCCGACUACCACCACCACUCCCUCCCUCCGCCGCCGAAGAAGCAGCAGCUGCGGCGUCGACCACCUCUUCCGCUUCCAGUUACUGGAAGCUGGACAAGAACGAGCGCAAGGAGAGGAACCUUCCCAGCAACAUGCUUCCCCAGAUUUACGACGCCCUCGUCGACGUCGUCGAGAGCAGAGGCGGCGGCGGCGGCGGAGGAGGUUCUCAUCCUACUUCCGGCGGGAACACGCCUAGAACCCCUUCCGUCUCUCCAUCCUCCGCCAAGCCGAUGAUUGACGAGUCAACGAGCGUUCUUCUUCAUCAUCAUCCUCAACACCAACAACAGCAGCAGCCUCCUCCGGCGAUUGCACUGCCGCCCCCUCUUUUAACGGCGCCGCCACGCCAACAUCCAAUAUCAGUCUUGCCCCGGGCUCAACCAGCAGUACCGCCGCCGCCGCCACAUCCAUUGACGGCGCUUCCUCUGCCGCCUCAUUCUCUUCCUCCGCCGCCUCCAACCCACCCUCCUCAUCAACCAUCACCCACAGUAGGGUUAAUUGAUUUUUUGAUGUUGUUUGUUUUCUUCCCCAAAUUGAUGGGAUUGGAGACGUCUGACGGUACGAGCGAAGAAGAAGACUCCUCGGGCUCACCACCACCGGCGCCGAACAAGCGGAUGAGGACGGCAUCAUUAUCCGGCGGCGGCGGCGGUGAAGACGGAACAAGCCGCGGCGGCGUGGGAACGACUGCACCCUCCAGCCCGUCCACGUCAUCGGCGGAUGAGGGCGAUCGAGUUGUAGUUGCGGGCAGGGAGAUAUCGAGGAUAGCGGAGGCGAUUCAGGCGUGUCAAGAAGGACAGGAGCGGCGGCACAGGGAGAUGGUGAGCUUGCAGGUGCGGAGGCUGGAGAUAGAAGAGUCCAACACGGAGAUCACCCGCCACGGGAUUAACGGUUUGGUGGGCGCCGUUAAUAAGCUUGCUCACUCCAUUCUCGCUCUCGCUUCUUCUUCUUCUUCCUCCCCUUCCCCUCUCCACAUGAACAAUAACAGCACCGGCAACACUAGUAAUAAACCCCAUAACCAGAAGCCGAACCCGAACCAGGACCCGUCUUCAUCUUCUCAACCACCCAACUGA